CUCAGGGCAAAUGACAUGAGGGGUUCUUUAUUAGAAUUUCACUCUGUGGAUUGCCACACCCUCAUGUCAGAUCCGUCUAUGAGAUUGUGCAAUCUUUCAGCCCCAUAAAUACAGUGUCACUCUAGCCUCCGAAAGCCUCUGUCAGCUCAGCCUCUGAGGAAACCUCACCCUCUCCUGUGAUCCCAGGCCCCAGCCUGCCUGUCACCAUGAGGAUCCUGUGUUUUCUUCUGUUGACUUUCUGCUUACUCUUCUCCCAGAUUCCCCCAGGCAUUGGCCAAAGGUCUGACCACUACAGAUGUGUCCACAAAGGAGGAACCUGUAACUUUUCCCCUUGCCCACUCUUUCAGAAAGUGGAAGGCACUUGUUACAACAGGAGGGCUAAGUGCUGCAUGGGUUGAUUCAGAGCUGGAAGUGACCUGGAGAAUGAAUGCAGAGACCAACUGAAGUAUUUGUAAUCAUUGUUUUAAUAAAAGAAAAUCUUUUUUUUUAAUUAUUACA